UCCGUGCUCCGCCAAGGUUUUUUUUUUUUAAAUAGCCCGGUUCUGAUUCCGGCGCAAUGGCGGCGCCGGAGUUGCGCCUGGACGGCUCGAUCCGCUUCUGGGUUCUGCUGCCCGUCGCUUGGAUCGCGCUCGCCGUCGGGAUCCUGCGGCUGCGCGUGGCGGGGCUGUGGCGCGGCGAGCGCGCGCUGGGUUGGCCGGAGCAACGGCAGGACACGCGGAUGCUGGCACGUAGCCGCCUCCUGAGGGAAAAUGGACGGUUCCUGACUCAUCAGGGCUUCCUCAUGCGCAAACAUUACUUCAACGACCCAGAAAGUGGUUUCUUCCGUAAAACAAAGCGCAAAGUGCAGCCCCGAAACCCAUUGACAGAUCCAACCAUGGUUACGGAGAUGAUGAGAGGGAAUAUCGUCAACGUGCUUCCCAUGAUCCUUGUCGGAGGCUGGAUCAAUUGGGCCUUCUCCGGCUUUGUGGCUACCAAGGUUCCCUUCCCCUUGACCCUGCGAUUCAAGCCCAUGCUGCAGCGUGGAAUUAACUUGCCUUCCCUGGAUCCCUCUUGGGUGAGCUCAGCCUCCUGGUACUUCCUCAACGUCUUUGGCCUGCGCCGGGUAUACAAUCUCAUCCUGGGGGAAGAGACUGCUGCAGAACAGAACCAGCUUCUGCUACAAGAUCAGUUCCUAGGUCCGCCGGUGCCUGCCCCCCCUGACCCCAAUAAGGCCUUCAAGGCCGAGUGGGAAGCUUUAGAACUCGUGUCUCACCGUUGGGCUCUACAGGAUGUGGAAGAACAACUGAUGGGUCAGAACCUCAAGCUGGCAGGGAGGUUUGGGCCCGACUGAGCUUAUCCUCAAUAGCUGAGGGUCACAGUCCAGAAGGGGCAGCAAAAGGUCUAUCAAAAGGCCACCCUAUAAUGCAUGGUGUGUCAAAAAGUGCAGGACGACUGCUGGCUGCAUAGGAGCAGCAGGGCUGCAGAAGCCAGCCCGUGGGGUCCCUUGCAGCACUGAGAAGGCAGAAAGAGCUGCGCAUGUUGCUGCUGUUGGCCAGCAUGAAGAACGAAGCACGGGGUGCCUCCGACUGCAAACGUGUGCGCAGAUUGCAGAAGGGUUGUAUUAAAACAGAGGUAGUUGUGCGA